UUUAGCCUCUAAUGGAGUAGAUGAACAUGGACAAAAAGUUACAAAAAUGUCUGCAUUGUACAGUGGUCAAUCCAAAAUUAAAAUACCAUGAAAUAUUCAAAGGACUUGGCGCAGAAAUUGGAUUGCAACAAUUAUUGUCAAAUCAUUUCCAAUUUGAUGUUACCGAAGACUCGAAAAAGUUGCAGCGACUUUGCGAAGAGUGUGUCAAUAGUUUAAUUCGAUUUUUUGACAUCGAUGAAUUGAAACGGGAGCAAAAUGCAGCCAGGGCAAAAACUCAGCCGACAGAAGCAGCUAACGAAGUGGAUGUGGAAAAAUCAAUCAUUGAUGAGUCCUGCAUUUAUGAUCUUAUUUUUAAAUCGGAUGAUAUUGCGCCGGCGGAUGAGGAGGAGGUGCAGGAGGAAAACGAUGUUCCCAGCAAGUCAGAGGAGGUGAGAAUUGAAGAUGUUAUUGUGGAGGAUCGUGUAACUGUAAUCCGAUUGCCGAAUGAUGAAGAAGCAGAGGAAGUGGACUUAGAAACUGAACAUGAAGAUGAACAGCAAGUCGAACAUGAUCUUAAAGAAGACAACAAUGUGGUAAUCAUAAAUUUUGUGGAAAUUAAAGAGAAGGAUGAUAUUGUUGAUUUAUAUGGUUACUUGGCCACGGCGGUGAAAACGAACUUUGAAACCUUAUCCUUUGACUGGAGCACCAGCUGCAAACACUGCUCUUUGCCUUUAACGAAUUAUCAGCAGCUACUUAACCAUAUGGUCCAAAAGCACAAUGGUCAUUUCUUUGAUUGUCCCAUUGAGGGUUGCUUGACGAAAGGACUACAGGAUAAACAAUAUCUAGCUAUGCACUUGGUUACCCAUCAUGGACCAGUGGCUGAAAUACCCAUCUAUGGCAGUUGUCCGGAGUGCAAAUUAACUUUCUCAAAUAUUUUGCAAUAUAAUAAACAUUCCUGUUCCCAUGUGAUUAAGAAGAAAAGGGGAAUGCAGCUCUAUUGCGAAAUGUGCUCUAUUGAGUUUCCCUCUUGGAAGCGUUUUAAUUUCCAUAAUCAAUUCCAUUUGGAGCGUCAUAGACCACGAGUCUGUUUUGUUUGCGACUAUGCAGACAACAAUAUCGCCGAACUCUUCCAGCAUUUGCAAUAUACCCAUGAACCGGAGAAUACAUUCUUUUGUAAUCUGUGUGAUCGCACUUUUCGCGAUGAAGCUGUCUAUUUGGAGCACAAUAAAUGUCAUUCGAAUGCCAAUAGUAAUACAUACACUUGUGGUGAAUGUUUCAACACUUUUGACACACGAAGUCGUUUCAAUGGACACAUGCGCUCGAUGCAUGGCACCUUUAUCAGCUGCGAGAUUUGUUCCCGUGAGUUUGCCAGCGAAGCCACCUACAAUGUUCAUAUGAAGAAGCAUUUGAUCAUUGAACGAGAUGUUCAUAUAUGCAGAAAUUGUGGUCAAUUGAGUGAACAUGAGUCUCGUAUGCUUCAGCAUAUAGAAAUGGAAUCAACAAAUUGUCAUAAUGCUGAAAUCUACACUGAACUCUUACGAAAUGCUUAUAUAUGCGAAAUGUGUUCAUGUUAUUUUCGUGAAAAAUCUGAUUUACAUAAGCAUCGUCAAUCGGGUGUCCAUAACAAUGGUAUAUAUUGGUGUCAGCCAUGUGACAAAGAAUUCACCGAUAUGAAAAUCUAUCGUCAUCAUUUAAGAAAUUUUCAACAAUUGAAAACGGAUACAGAACAUAGAAAAUUGGAAAUAUGCUUAUACUAUAUGUGUGAUCAGAUGGAUUGCUUUGAAUCAUAUACACAUUGGAAUUCCUUGUACACCCAUAAGAGACGGACUCAUAAAAACAAUAUGACGCCAGCUAAAAUGAAAGAUGACCAACAAUCACCAUCCACAUCGAAAUCAAUCGAAGGCAGUGAAAAGAAAAUGCAAUGGCAAUGUCAGUUUUGUGAUAAGGAAUGUCGUUCCAAAAUGUCACUAUCCGUUCAUGUGGCACGCAGUCAUAAUAAUGAUAAUGUGAUUUGUUCUAUAUGCAAUGCAUCGUAUAAGAAUCAAGAGGCUUUGGAUAAACAUCAUGCCUAUUGGCAUGAACCUAUCGAGUGUCCCAAAUGCUUUAAGAUUGUAAAGAAUCGUCGCAAUUAUGAUACCCAUGAGAAUGUUGUUCAUUCCAAUAAUAAACGUUAUACCUGUGAGAUUUGUAACAAGGGUUUCUAUCACAACAGUGAAAUGAAAGCACAUCAGAAGCUUCAUACUCAGCUGUUUAGUUGUAAGCACUGUAGUUUUACUACACGUAAGAAAUCUUCUUUAUCCGUUCAUGUUAUGGGUCAGCAUUUGAAACGUUUUGCUUUCGAGUGCAAAUUGUGCAUGAAACGGUUUGGUCGUCGUCAGGGAUUGACCGCACAUAUGCAACGUGUGCAUAGCACUAAACAUAUUUGUCAGGAGUAUAUUACCGAUGGCUGCAAUCGUAGUUUUCCCUCAACAUUGGCAUUGAGUCAACAUGUCAAGAAAGUACACAAGGGUACUAUAUUUCUGCACGAUGAAGACGAUAAUGAGGAGGAGGAGGAGGAGGAAAUGGAGCUAGACCUAGAGGAGGACGAGGUUGGUCCAUCAUCAUCUAAGAAACGUUGUUUUCAAAUAAAUGAUACCGAAAUUGAGUUUAUCGACGAAAGUGCAUAUGAUAGUCAGGAAUUUAUAGAUACAGAAAAAAUCCAGAAUGUCAAGUAGAAUUGUUUAUAAUGGUUUGUUUUUUAUUAUAAUUUUAAAGUUUUUUCAUUAUUGAAGUAGUUACUACUUAUAAGUUUUUGAACACAAAAUGAUGUCACUUGAAUUGACAUUAAAAUAUGUUUUCAUCUAUAAUUACUUUAAUAUGUAUUUGUUUU